AGAAAAAUGGUGGAAGCUAACUUCACCACAGUGGUGGAAUUCAUUCUCUUGGGAUUUUCUGACCUUCCCAGCCUCCAAGGGUUUCUCUUUGCGAUUUUCUUAAUCAUCUACAUAAGUAUCCUGGUAGGAAAUGGCCUUAUCAUUGUCAUUACCAAAGUAACAACAGCCCUCCAAACCCCCAUGUACUUUUUCCUUGGAAAUUUUUCUUUCUUGGAAAUCUGCUACACAUCAGUGACUAUGCCAAGAAUGAUGUCAGACCUUUGGACUCAGAAUAAAAAUAUUUCUUUACUAGCUUGUGCUGUUCAACUUGGUUUCCUUCUUAGUCUGGGAGGCAUGGAGAGUUUCUUCCUGGCUAUAAUGGCCUAUGACCGUUAUGUUGCUAUCUGUAAGCCACUCUAUUAUCCUCUCAUCAUGAACCCACAAAAGUGCCUUCAACUGGUUUCUGGUGCAUGGAUCAGUGGAAUUCCAGUUCAGAUAGCACAAACAUGCAAUAUAUUCUCACUGUCAUUCUGUGGGUCUAAUAAACUCAAUCAUAUUUUCUGUGAUAUUCCCCCAUUACUGAAACUGGCCUGUGGGGACACCUUUCUGAAUGAGUUAUCUGUCUAUGCUGGUUCCAUGAUCUUUGUUACAGUUCCUUCACUAUUGAUACUCUUGUCCUACAUCAAAAUCCUUAAGACUAUCCUGAAGCUACCAUCUGCCAUGGGGAGACGUAAAGCCUUUUCCACUUGUUCCUCACAUCUGAUGGUUGUAGGCUUAUUCUAUGGAUCUGCUUUUAUUACAUAUUUUAGACCCAAAUCAAGCCACUCAUCAGGAACAGACAAAAUACUUGCCCUUUUUUAUACCAUCGUGACUCCACUCUUUAAUCCUAUAAUAUAUAGCCUAAGGAACAAGGAUGUCAUAAUGGCAAUAAAACAACUAUUACCUAAGUAA